CCAGAGGGUCCUCGAGUCUCAAAUAUCCCUACUUUAAGAGGUUUCUUGUUCUCUAUCCGACCUCGACACAAAUCCAUCGUCUGUCGCUCUAAACCAAAUCACCACCAUCAUGCGCACCUUCUCCGCCUUGCUUCUUUUCGCCGUCUCGGCUCUGGCUUCUCCCCAGCCGCAAAUUACUGGCAGCGGCGAGUCCAGCGGCAGCGUCACCAAUCCCGAUGCCGACGCAUCUGCCGCCUCUGCUGCCUCUGCGCUGGUCGCAGAAAUCCCCAGCUCCGUCCUCUCCGUGAUCGAGACAGCCAUUCCCGCCUCGUGGCAGGACGAGAUUAUCACGGAUGCUUCAUUCCGCUCCUCCGUUGCGAGUGCCGCCGCGGCAGGAACCUAUCCCGCUUGGUACAAUGAGCUGCCCAGCAGCGUGAAGGCCUGGGCGAGCUCGAACUUUGAUGUUCAGAUUCUCGGUGUCUCAACUUCCUCGGACGGUGUUGCUUCCGCGACUGCUUCUAAUGCCGUCACGACGGGUACAUCUGCUACUCAAUCUGUUUCGAGUGGAGCGCAAGUUACUACAUCGGGCUCCUCUGCUGCUUCUUCUGUCUCCGGAUCUACGGCUGCUUCGGUCUCCGGCUCCGUGUCUGCUUCUGCUUCGUCUGCAAAGUCGACUGGCGGUGCACCCUCUCCUACUGGUGGUGUCGCUAUGGGCGUUGCCGGCGCAGCUGGUGUGCUCGCUCUGGCUCUUGCCUUGUAGAGGGUAUAAUUAUCAAGUUAGGGUUCUGUUCACAGGGGGCGAAGGCCCUGCUCACUUCGUCAAUGUGUUUGAUAGCACUGCAACCUUAUACUGUCACGAGAAGAUAGGCUGUUGGGAAAAAUACUGUGGAUGACAACUGUCGUGAACAUGGAAUUCUAUCAGUCCACCUACUGAUACAGAACCCUGACAAUUAGGUAGCCUUACACGUACAUUCUCAUUCAAGUUGACAUUUUCCAUGAAAAU